AAAAAGAAAAAGAAAAAGAAAAUUCUGUUUCUAUAAGAUGAAACCUUUUGUUGAGUCAGGAAGUGCAAGUAUGCAAAUUCAGCACUGGAACUAUAAAUUUGAAACUGAAGGUGCAGGUUAUUCAAAUUGUUAGUUCUUACAAAACGUGCACCUGUUGAUUUCCCACAGUUAAAGAUAUUCUAUGCUACCUUUGGUCAUGGAAAGUAUACAAUAUUCUUUAACUAAAUUCUAAGUCUUGAAAAGCACAUAUACCACAGGAUCAUCUUCUGCUCUAGGUAUACUCUUUUAUCUCCAUUUUCCAAUCCAUUAAGAUCUCUGUAAAUUGUCAGAACCAUUAAGGGAGGGCUGGGGGAUUUUUAUUUUUUUCAUAACAAGAACUUGUUGGCAGGUUUCAGUCAUGAUUCAUGUUUUGUUUUCUCUUGUGUUUGUUGAAAUGGCUUUGAUUCUAGCCCUUUUGUUUAGAACCCCUAUGAGAAACCUGUUAAUUAUAGGGAUUGAUCAGCUAAAGCGAGGAAGGGGACCAUUGGUGGCAAAAACUGUUGCAGCAACCUUACUUGCGGUGUUUAGUGCUAUCUUAUACAGUGUAAUGGAAAUUCGGAAACGUGAAAUGGAGGCUGGUGUGCUUAAUUCAACUGAUGAGGUUCUCAUGGCUCAAAGACUUUUGGAAGCAUCUCUAAUGGGUUUCUCUCUAUUUCUUGCAAUGAUGACAGAUAGAGUACACUACUAUAUCAGAGAACUUUAUCGAUUAAGGGAGGAGCUAGAACAAGUGAAAACAAUUAAAACAGGAACGAGGAAGUAAGAAAAGUUGGAGAAUGAAACUGUCUCCAAAAGAAACGCAAGGACACCAUUGCAUGCUUGAUUAGAAAUCAUAGUUGCCUGAAAGAUCAAGGAAUGUGGCAUGUCUCUGUCUCUCUCUGUCUGAUAGUCUUAGUUUCAGGAAAUAUGUAUAUUUACAUUUGAUGCACAGAAAUUGUAUGCAAGAACAUGACAGUGCCAGAUAUCAUGUAAUAUAUACCAUCUUUCUAA